AGUCCAUUGCGCGAUGUGUCCAUGAUAAGCAGUAUUACGAAGCUUUCAAUGCUGACUGCUGUGACAGCUAACUGCGUUUUCUCAACCCAUCGAGCCAUGCACGCAUUAUCACAUUAUCCCCAGGGGAAUUACUUAUGCUACGCAUAUGUGCCUAAUGUUGGGGCGAUGGCCUUAUGACUCGCUUAGAAGGGGCGGCUGCGAGGUACCAGCGAUGUCACAGUCGCGCUGCGUUUCGGCACCUCCACGGCGAUCCAGCGGACCGGGGGAAAAUGGCCCCCCUGUGAAAGCGCCAGCACAGCCCACUUCCUCCAGUCCUCUCGUCGUGAAGGGCAGAGCUUUUCAUUCUACCGAAACCGGCGAUGCUGAAGCCAGCACAGCCACAUGCACCAAGCAAAAUGCGCAGCAGCAAUGUCAGCGGAGGCCUUCUUCAGCUGGCCAAUACGGAUACGGGCUACCGACAACGGCCCAUGUGCGCCCAAAUUCGGCCCAUAAUCGCUCGCCCCCCUACCACUGUAACCACCCGGACUCCGCCUUUCUCUUUGACAAGGCCCAGCACCCAGCGACUCCACAUGCUGCCGGGCCCUCCGGCGGCAGAAAUGCGUCCCAGGGUACGGAUGCUUUCGCCCCUGCCUCAAACGGCUUUGUUCGACGUCCCUCCAGUGCCGGGCUCAGUAAGCCCCUGCCCCAGCGCUUUGCGCCCGCACCGCAGCCUUACCACCAUCGUGUACGGGAUCUCCUCGACGGAAGCAGAAACGCAGCCGGAGCAGGAGGAGGAGGUACCAGCAGUUAUGGCAGCAGCAGCAAAAGCGGCGCCCACAAGGGACGGGAAGGAGGUCAAAGCUCUUACCAAGGCCCCUGCAGUGGUCAGGAGAACGCCAAGCCGCCUCCAAUAGCAACCUCCACAGGACUGAAACACCCGUGCCCCGCCAGUUCAUCCGCGGCUCGGCAACCGUUCGCGGAGCUGAGGCAGCCUGUACAAGACCAGGCGCCGCGGCCGCAUUGCAACCACCAGCAGCCGCAUUACCACCACCAACAACAACAGCAGCAGCAGCAGCUGCGACGACAAUCGAGCUGCGGUGCGUCCGGUGACACUUGCGUCUCGCAGGCGGCUAAGGAAGCCCCACGGCACGAUUUAAUCAGCCGGUAUGCGCAGUGGCUGCCACUAGCAGCAGCAGCACCUGCAUCGCAGGAUCGGAAGCUGUACGCCGAUGCCGCUGGCCGGUCCCGGGGGCCUGCACCUGGUUGCAAGGAGCAGGAGGGAAUGAUGCGAGGAGAGUGCGGCGGAAGGCAACAGCAGCAGCCGCAGCCUGGGAGGGCAGUGGAUGAGGCAUCAGCGCAGCAUGGAGAGCAGCAGCGGCGGG